AUGUUUUCUACGAAAGGCAUCUGUUUUGACUUCAUAAAAGAAAUACCAAAGGAACCCGUUACCAAUGACAUUGAGGUUCAUCUUACUGGCUAUUUUAUGAUAUACGAGGUUAUUAUGAGAAGUACUGCCAAUGUUGUGAUCAUAUAUUGUGAGAACGAGGACAUGACUGUCUUGAGAAUGUUGCCAUACAUUUCAGAAUAUGUGGACAUGCCAAUGAAGAGAAAAGAUAAAGUUUGGGUCAUGCCAGCACAGAUGGAAUUCACAUCAAUCCCCUUUCAAAGAUACAGGAGCCUGGAUUUCAUCCAUGGUGCAUUAUCGUUGGUAGUUUCCUCAAAGGAAAUAUUAGGGUUUAAGAAAUUUAUUCAGGUGAGAAAGUCUUCUUCUGAAGAAGAGGAUAGUUUGACAAGAGUGUUUUGGGAACAUGCAUUUGAAUGUUCUUUCCCAAAUGCUGGGUUAGAUGAGGACAGUGACAAUCAAUGCACUGGUGAGGAGUCACUGGAGAGCCUUCCCAAAUGUCUAUUUGAAACUAGUAUAAGUGGGCAAAGUUACAGCAUUUACAAUGCUGUCUAUACAGUGGCCCAUGCUCUGCAUGCCAUGCUUUCACCUAAACGCAGAAAAAGAGGAAAUGCUUGGGAACUCAGGACUUUCAAUCAACAAUCAUGGCAGGCACAGCCAUUUUCUAUGUGCAAUCCUCCAUGCUCAUCAGGUUGCAGCAAAAUAAAAAUAGAAGGAAAGCCCUUUUGCUGCUAUGAUUGUCUUCUAUGUCCAGAAGGAAAAAUUUCAAACAAGACAGAUGCAGAUGACUGCUUCCCAUGUUCAGAAGAUCACUAUCCAAACAAAGCUCACAAUCUUUGCAUUCCAAAACAUAUCACAUUUUUGUCUUAUGAAGAAACUCUGGGAGUUAGCCUGACAACUACUGCUUUCUUCUUUUCUUUCAUCUCAGCUUUGGUGCUGCAUAUCUUCAUUAAACACCGAGACACUCCCAUUGUCAAAGCCAACAAUAGAAACCUCACUUACAUUCUUCUCAUUGCUCUCCUCCUCUCCUUCCUUUGCACUUUGCUUUUCAUUGGGGAACCUGACCAAGUAAAGUGUCUCAUGCGACAAACUACUUUUGGCAUUAUCUUCUCUGUAGCCCUUUCUUGUAUAUUGGCCAAAACAAUCAUAGUGGUUCUUGCUUUCAUGGCCACCAAGCCAGGCUCCAAAAUGAGGAAAUGGGUGGGGAAAAGGCUGGCCAAUGUUAUCGUACUUUCUUGCUCUCUAGUGCAAGCCACCAUUAGUGGUGUGUGGCUGGCAAUUUCUCCCCCAUUCCCACAUUCGGAUAUGCACUCAAUGACUGAAGAAAUCGUCCUAGAAUGUAAUGAAGGUUCAGCCUUCAUGUUUUAUAGUGUCCUUGGUUUUAUGGGUUUUUUGACUGCUAUCAGUUUUACAGUGGCUUUCUUUGCUAGGAAGCUACCUGAUAGUUUCAAUGAAGCCAAAUUUAUCACCUUCAGCAUGUUGGUGUUUUGCAGUGUGUGGAUAUCAUUUGUUCCCACCUAUCUCAGCACCAAGGGGAAGUACAUGGCAGCUGUGGAAAUCUUCUCUAUUUUGGCUUCUGCAGCUGGUUUAUUGGGCUGCAUUUUUGCCCCCAAAUGCUACAUUAUUGUUCUGAGGCCUGAUCUGAACAGAAAGGGACAGCUGAUAAAGAAACAAAACUGAUUGUUUAGAUCAGAAUGCUAUAAAGUCUCCAAAUUGUGAUAGAAAUCUCAAUUGUCUCCUUAAGAAAUUGCUGUCCAUCUCAUAGGACUGUUUGAAAACAAGUGUGCAGGAAUAAAAUGUGGAAUGUAGUCUUUAUAUAAUGGUUCCUUUACAUUUCAUAUUGGGGGCUUUUUGUGUGAAAUAGACAAAUGUAAUGCAGAUGUUCUAAGAGGCACUGAUGGCUGUCAUAGAAAAAGUGACCAUAGGAAAACAGGAAGCUAAUGAGAAAAUGAAGGGAACGAAGGAAGGAGAAAUGUGAGAAAUAAAAUGUGAACUACUUUUUGCCAUUUUUUUCUACUUUUUAAAAAAUUACAUAGUCCAAAAAUAGAAGAAAAGACAGGAAUGUUGAGAAAUAACUCAAAAAAAGGAGAGAAACACUUUUGGUAAUAGGUAAACUUCUAAAAGAACACUGAGAGUAACAAAAUGAGGUUACAUAUGUAAGUAUAACUAAGAUUAGGGUUAGGAAUUAUAUUGAAAUCUUACAGCAGUCUUGAAUUUUACAUAAUAUUACCUGCUUGUCCGUGUAAAUUUCAUAACUAAUGCAAUUUAUCAUUAAUACAAUUUAUUAACUUAUACUAAGUAAUAAACAACAAAGCACAAACC